CUGCCUCGUCUCUAUGGCGGCCCCAACAGCCCUCCCGGGCGCUGAGCGGGAUGAACUCGGGCGAGUGCUGUAGCGGUGGCGGCGGUAGCGGGGGCGGUGUUGGGGCCGCGGAGCGGUCCCGAAGGGGCAGUCCCAGAGAGGAUGGCUUCGCCCCGUCGGCGCUGGGGACCCGAGAGCAUUGGGAUGCUGUCUAUGAGAGAGAGCUGCAAACUUUUCGAGAAUAUGGAGAUACAGGAGAAAUCUGGUUUGGAGAAGAGAGUAUGAAUCGGCUAAUAAGGUGGAUGCAAAAACGCAAGAUUCCACUGGAUGCUUCAGUGCUUGAUAUUGGAACUGGAAAUGGUGUUUUCUUGGUUGAACUUGCAAAGUUUGGUUUCUCUAAUAUUACUGGAAUUGAUUACUCUCCUUCUGCAAUACAGCUUUCUGGAAGUAUUAUAGAGAAAGAGGGUUUAUCUAACAUUAAGUUGAAGGUAGAAGACGUUUUGAAUCUUUCCACAAAGCUGUCUGGAUUUCAUGUUUGUAUUGACAAAGGGACUUUUGAUGCCAUAAGCCUUAAUCCUGACAAUGCGAUUGAGAAGAGGAAGCAGUAUGUGAAAUCCCUCUCUGGGGCCUUGAACGCGAAAGGCUUUUUUCUAAUAACCUCGUGUAAUUGGACCAAGGAAGAGUUGCUAGAUGAAUUCAGUGAAGGAUUUGAACUUUUCGAAGAGCUGCCAACACCCACGUUCAGCUUUGGAGGCAGAUCUGGAAACAGUGUAACAGCAUUGGUUUUCCAGAAAACGUGAGACUUUCACUGGACAAAUUCAGUUAGCUUUGUUAAGAAGCUCCACCUCAAAGUUAACCUGACACAGAAAAUGCAAGUGAAAAUAAAUGCUUAGUAAGUACACAGGAUGCACAUGUUGAAUAGAUAUCGUGGGUUGGUAAGAAUCUGAACAUGUGAGCGGUUGAGUUUUAGAGACCAACCAAGAAUCAUUUAAAGUUUUCUUUUGUAUUGGAAAUGUAAAUAUUUUUCUCUUUGAUUAAAAAAAAUUUCCUGUAACUGCUGAAGAAUCAAAAGCUUUAAAGCAGUAAAUGAAUUUACAGAAA